AUGGAUUCAACCGCCUUCUCGCCAACGUCGGCCCAGCUCCCGCCUGUGGAAUCACAAUGGCCGGACUGUGCACUGGUGCACUUCUACACUCCGUCCUACUGCAUCUAUUGCAAUUACUAUCUAAAUAUCCCGCACGAUUUCAAGGAAGAGAAUCUUUUACCGGACACCAGACCUGCCGCCCUCUUAUACUGCAAAGAUCCUCAUGUCGGUACCUGGAAGCUUAUUUGGGAACUCACUCGCGAUACGGAUCUCUCGAAAUGGAGGGAUGAGGGUAUCUGCUGGGAUCAACAUUGGGACCAAGUCAACGAAGUCAACGAAGGCCAUGGACUUAUUGGCUUCCACCAAGAAUGCUUCGUGUCCAUAAACGGUCCUGAAUUAUCUGCGGAAAGGAUGGAUCGUCUGGGACGAGCAUUGUUUUGGACGGAUAUGGAAUAUCUCGAUAUCCCUAAUCGCAACACAUAUUAUUUUGAACAACUCCCUGACCCUCAAAACUACCGCCGCGAUUCCAUCUGCAACGCGGGUCAAAGAUACGGACUCCGACUUGAUCGUCUCCCGCUCGAGUUACUACAGAAUAUCCAGUCAUGCUGCAACGAUGACUGGUUCUGGAAACUAGUCAAGUAUGUGGACCUUGCAACCUGCCUGAGCAUGACGCCAAGGACGGAGAUGCUAUCUACUUCUCUGGCUAGCGUUACAUAUUGGACGCGUGGAAUAGCCUCGCCGUUUCUUUUGACGACAAGAGACACCUCUGGGCAUGUUCGUAUCACGAUUGAUGGAAAUGGUUUUUGCAAGAUCGAACGGCUCUUCACGUACCCGGAAGUGUGUUUGUACAAGCAACUGUCCAAAAGGUUUAUUAUACUUGAAGCACGCAAUGCCGUGAACAUCAACGCCUAUUUCAAAGACGGAAUGUGUUGGCUCGGGCUGAAGAACUCUGAUCUCGUCUCAACUGUGUGGGAUAUCCCGACACCUCCUGGUAGGGUUUUGUCGGGCAUGUUGACAAACAUCAGAAAUGAAGAUAAUGCCCUUUAUAUAAGGGGGGACCGUACAAUGAUGAGUUGGAGGAUUCCCGGAAACAUCCUUGAGACCGUCACUCUCGACGACGCCGGUGGCUUGGUCGUGGACACCGACGGCCACGGAUUCACGAUUGAAGUACUCAAAAAGCCUGCACCGUUACGGCAAGCCGUGUCCCGGAACUCAUAUGGAGGGUCAUCGUAUUUGCCGCUUGCGCCUAAUGAUAGAAUCCUAUGGAUCCAGGUACGACAGUACGGUAACGAUUCGUUCCCCGACGUAGGUAUACUGGUCAAGACUGAACUCUCAGGCAUUAUUCACCUUGGUCGUGCUGCCCACGGAUCUUUUAUGACGGUCGCCUUCAGCGAAUUUCCCCGUGCCAUCUUUCACAACCCUGGUGAUGCAGUUUGCCGUAAAAGAGUCGCCGCCAUCUAUCCAGAAAGCGCUCCUUCCCUAGACCACGAAGUUCUCGGGCUUGGCAAUAUUGGACCUCCUGUCCCCGAUGUCAGCCGUUUCUAUGGCGUUUCUGAUCUAGUCUGGUCCUGGGCUCCUCUACAAGGCAUCGCAACCGUGCACGUUUUCACGGCACCUGACGACAACAGGUUUCUAGGAAUGCACAUAACCUACAAAAAUGGAGGACAGCGAUUUGUAGGCGAUGCUAGUAGACAUAAGCAUAUCGAUUCAUCUGUUGUUCAACCCAAGGAGAUGCGAGUCGAGAAUCCGACGCGCCUGUACAUAAAAACCAAGACGCAUCCCUGGUUCAACCACAGAGUCAGGUUAUCUGAUGGCUGUGUAGAAAAAUUGGACAAGUCUAAGUCUUGGAAGGUAUAUGAUCUUACAGGAGACUUGAGUAUUUGGGAGUUGCACGUUUGGUGUGAAUCUGGGGGCUACCCUUAUAAAGGUGAACUGGAGGUUCUCCAGGCAGGGAGUUGGCGAGGAACAUGA